AAACAACACACACUCUCCAACUCAACUCUGAUACAACAACGGCGACAAUGGCGUCCUCCUCGCUGACUUUAUCAAAGGCUUACCUCGCGCAGCAGCCGUCUUACGAACGUUGCUCUCCUCGGCCUGCGGAUCACCAUGUAUCCUUCACUCCUCGGCGAGAUCUCCCUCGUCUCAGAGUCAGACGCAGGAUAUGUGUGCGUGCCUCCUCGGCCGAGACGGACGUGGUAGAAAAGUCGGUGAACACGAUAAGGUUUCUGGCGAUCGACGCUGUGGAGAAAGCGAAAUCUGGACACCCGGGGCUGCCGAUGGGAUGUGCCCCGAUGGGACACAUACUAUUCGACGAAGUGAUGAAGUACAACCCCAAGAACCCUUACUGGUUUAACCGAGAUCGUUUCCUUUUGUCGGCCGGACAUGGUUGCAUGCUCCACUACGCGUUGCUUCACCUCGCUGGCUACGACAGCGUCAAGGAACGAGACUUGAUGGAGUUCCGUCAGUGGGGGAGUAGGACUCCAGGCCACCCCGAGAAUUUCGAGACUCCUGGUGUUGAAGUCACCACUGGUCCUCUUGGCCAAGGAAUUGCAAAUGCUGUGGGUUUGGCUCUUGCUGAGAAGCAUUUGGCUGCCAGAUUCAACAAACCACACUUUGAUAUUGUCGACCAUUACACGUAUGCUAUUCUAGGAGAUGGAUGCCAAAUGGAAGGAAUUAGCAAUGAAGCUUGUUCACUUGCGGGCCAUUGGGGUCUUGGGAAGCUCAUUGCCUUUUAUGAUGACAACCACAUUUCCAUUGACGGUGACACAGAGAUCGCCUUUACCGAGGACGUCCAAACACGUUUUCAGGGUCUUGGUUGGCAUGUUAUCUGUGUCAAGAAUGGAAACACCGGUUAUGAUGAAAUCCGCGCUGCCAUUAAGGAAGCUAAGACUGUUCAAGACAAACCCACUUUGAUCAAGAUAACUACAACCAUCGGUUUUGGAUCACCAAACAAGGCAAAUUCUUACAGUGUCCACGGAAGUGCACUGGGUGAAAAGGAAGUUGAUGCUACCAGAAAGAAUCUUGGAUGGCCUUAUGGGCCUUUUCAUGUUCCUGAAGACAUCAAGAGCCAUUGGAGUCGGCAUAUCCCUCAAGGAGCUGCUCUUGAAGCAGAAUGGAAUGCUCAGUUUUCUGAUUAUGAGAAGAAGUACCCACAAGAAGCUGCGGAGCUGAAAUCUAUAGUUACUCCUAACUUACCUAACGGCUGGGAAAAAUCAUUGCCGACUUAUACUCCAGAAAGUCCUGCAGAUGCAACAAGAAACCUCUCCCAGCAGUGUCUUAAUGCCCUUGCUAAGGUUCUUCCUGGGUUCCUUGGUGGGAGUGCUGACCUUGCUUCAUCCAACAUGACGUUGCUCAAAAUGUUUGGUGACUUCCAAAAGAAUGCACCUGAAGAGAGAAACCUUAGGUUUGGCGUCAGGGAACACAGCAUGGGAGCUAUCUGCAAUGGCAUAACCUGUCACAGCCCGGGGCUCAUUCCUUACUGUGCUACCUUCUUUGUCUUCACAGACUACAUGAGAGCUGCCAUCAGGCUCUCUGCGCUCUCUGAAGCCGGGGUUAUAUACGUGAUGACCCACGAUUCAAUCGGUCUUGGAGAAGAUGGACCGACCCACCAGCCUAUUGAACAUUUGGCGAGCUUCCGAGCCAUGCCCAACAUCCUCAUGCUGAGGCCAGCCGAUGGAACCGAAACCGCCGGGGCGUAUAAAGUCGCUGUAGAGAACAGAAAGAGGCCUUCCAUCUUGGCUCUGUCCAGACAAAAGCUACCCCAUUUACCUGGGACAUCUGUUCAGGGAGUGGAGAAGGGAGGAUACGUGAUUUCGGACAACUCGGCAGGUAAUAGACCAGACGUGAUCCUGAUGGGGACAGGGUCGGAGCUAGAGAUUGCUGCAAAGGCUGGAGAGAAGCUGAGAGAAGAAGGAAGAGCAGUGAGGGUAGUGUCUCUGGUGAGUUGGGAGCUGUUUGAUGAACAAAGCCAAGAGUACAAAGAAAGUGUGUUACCAUCAGGGAUUUCAGCGAGAGUGAGCAUUGAAGCAGGGUCGACCUUUGGGUGGGAGAAGAUGGUUGGCCCGAAAGGGAAGGCCAUCGGUGUGGACAGUUUUGGAGCAAGUGCACCGGCCGAUGUGCUCUACAAGAAAUUUGGACUCACUGUUGAUGCAGUUGUUGCAGCCGCCAAGGACCUCGGCUAAAGCUCUCUAAUGGUGAUUAAGUAACAUCAUAAAAGAAAAUAGUGUUUUCUACGUUGUUGUGUAUUGUGCUAAGUGUCCUUUUUCCCCAGUAGCUAUAAAUAAAAAAACAAACUCCUCCGUU